CUAUACACCAGUGCUACGGUGGUCAUUGUCGCAAACACGUUCCAUUUUAAGUUUCGUAAUGCCUCCACAGUAUAAAUUAACUUACUUUGAUGUUCAAGGUGUAGCUGAAACGGCUCGCUACCUGUUCAGUUACGGUGGAAUAGAAUUCGAAGAUGUUAGAGUCAAAAGAGAAGACUGGCCGCAGCAUAAACCCAAAACACCAUUCGGCGUUGUCCCUACUUUGCAACACAAUGGAAAAGUAGCAGGUCAGAGUAUUGCCAUUGCUCGCUACCUAGCCAAAAAAGUCAAACUAGCCGGAAAUAACGACUGGGAGGAUUUGGAAAUUGAUGCAACUGUAGAUACAUUGCACGACAUAAAAAUAAAAAUAACCCCAACGGUGAGAGAACAAGACGCAGCAAAGAAAAAAGUUCUUCUUGAAACGGCCAAAAAGGACUUUCUUGGUUUUUAUUUGGCACGGUUGGAGGCAUUGGUUGAAAAAAAUAAAGGGUAUCUAGUGUUGGGUCGGUUGACGUGGGCUGAUUUCUACUUUACUACGAUUUUUACGGUAUUGGAAUUUAUGAGUGGGGAAGAAUUUUUGGCCGGUUAUCCAAAUUUGAAAGGAGUGAGAGAAAAAGUUAACGGCUUGCCAGCUAUCAAAAAAUGGAUUGAAAUUCGACCAAAUUUUCGUAUAUUCUCGGCUGAAUCAAGUUUCGUAAUGCCUCCCUCGUAUAAAUUAACCUACUUUGACCUUCAAGGUCUAGCCGAAAUGUGCCGCUACCUGUUCAGUUACGGUGGAAUAGAAUUCGAAGACGUUAGAAUCAAAAGAGAAGACUGGCCGCAGCAUAAAGACAAAACACCAUUCGGGGUUCUCCCCAUUUUGGAACACAAUGGAAAAGUAGCAGGUCAGAGUAUUGCCAUUGCUCGCUACCUAGCCAAAAAAGUCAAACUUGGCGGAAAUAACGACUGGGAGGAUUUGGAAAUUGAUGCAAUUGUAGAUACAAUGAACGACAUAAAACUAAAAUUAACCCCAAUGUUGAUGGAACAAGACGCAGCAAAGAAGAAGGUUGUUCUUGAAGCGGCCAAAAAAGACAUUUUUGGUUUUUAUUUCCCACGAUUGGAGGCGAUGGUUGAAAAAAAUAAGGGGUAUCUAGUGUUGGGUCGGUUGACGUGGGCUGAUUUCUACUUUGCUACCAUUUUUACAGUAUGUGAAUCUAUGAUUGGUGAAGAGAUUUUAGCCGGUUAUCCAAAUUUGAAAGAAGUGAGAGAAAAAGUUAAUGGUUUACCAGCUAUCAAAAAAUGGAUUGAAAUUCGACCAAAUUGAUCACUGAAAUGUACUAGUAUAUUUAAACUAAAUAAAUAGGCCAAUCUGUAAGAA